UAACUACACCAAUUUCUAUUUCAACCAAGACAUUAGAAGAAGAAGAAGCAAGCAUCUUGGAAGAGCUGAGUCAAAAAUAUGGCACAGAACAACUUAUUGAGUAUUUUAAGGAACAAAAACAAGUCAAAGAAACAAAUGAAAUAAUCAUUAAACAGAAAUUACUUAAGACGCGUAACUUAGAGUUUUCAAAUUUGAUCGAAAAAAUUCGAAAUUGGCAAGUUCCUUAUGCAAUAUACUUCGUGAUCUUCCCCCCAGAGGAUUGGUCAUAUGAUCACUACGCUGGUUGGAUAGAUAAAAAUAUGAACAAGGCAACGAUAAACGGUAUAUUUUACAGAACGUUAGAAACCAUGAAAAAUGAUCAAAAUAUUUCGCAGCGAAUUCAUAAUGUUAUUCACGGACUUUUGAAAAGUAAAAAAACUUCUCGUGCCCUUGAUGAUCUCGUCUCGGAAAGGGAUAUCCGCGA